CAUUUAUUCCUUCAUAAGCCUGUUAUUUAUUGUGCUCUGGGGAUUACAAUGAAUGAGGAGAAACUGACCAGGUAGAACCACACACCCAUUUUGCUAAAAUACAUCAGGUGUGCUGUGUUUCAGUGUUUCUCAAAGAACACGUGCCUCCAUUCUCCUAUGACUCUGUUAGUAUCCCUAAUUUACAGGUGAGAAAACAAGCAGAUAGGUUAAGUGAAUUGAUGAAAGCCACACAACUGAACUGUAACAAGAACCCAGGUAUAACUCCCAAACCAACUCUCUUAUUUCUCAAAGUUACAUAUUUAAUUCUUGAGAAUUUUUAAGUUUUUUCCCCAGUACUAGAACAUAAAAUGCCUUUGCUUGCUACUCAAAGUGUAGCAUGUAGGUCAGCAUCAUCAGUAUCACCUAGGAGUUUGUUAGCAGUGCAAAUUAUUAGAUUCUACCCCAUCUCUACUGUAUUGAAAUCUGCAUUUUAAUAAGACCCCAAGUAAUUCAUGUGCACAUGAAAGUUUGUGAAGCAUGCUCCAGAUUACUGAUGAAUACAAACACAAUAACCAGAGUAAUUUUUGUAUCUCCCAAUGAUUUUUUUUCUAGAUUUUUCCUUCUUAACAUCCAGUUACUUCAGACUGAAAAACUCAAGCUCUCAUGUGAUGGGAUUAAAUCCUAGUGUCUGCUGCCACCUUGUGGUUAGUAGUUUCAACCCAGACAAAAUUUGCUCUUUUCCAUGAAAUAAAAGGGGAUAUGUUGGAAGGAAGGGGUGGACCAGGUACUCAACUUUUUUAGCCAUGUGCUUUAAGAGACCACUACAAAAUUCCAAGACAUAAUAAAAUAAUUCUUGGGGUGCAGUUUCAGAAGACCAGAUAAGUACUGGCCUUUCCACGUGUAUCUCUGGGAUGAAUAAUAUUGUCAGCUCUAGUUGAGAGAUCUAACAAAAGCUGGGAUUGUUUGUGUUACUACAGGUUCUUUCCUCGCUGGAAGUCAGCAUGUACAGCUGAAUGUGAUAAUCAGUUUGCGUGUGAUUAUUUUAUUACCAACCAGAAUGGUGGUGGGUGGAUAAGCAGGUCAGCUUUUUCUGCAUUUGCCUUGCCCAGGAAGCUGCAACACCUAUUUCACAAAGUGAACAGGAAUUUCCCACUGCUCUGCCAAGUGCAUUUUUGGGACCUCUGUGAAGUGGUGAACAAGGCCAGUCCCACUGAUGAAGUCUCUAACACCUGGAAGGGAAUAAAAAAGAAAUUUCAAAAAUCUCCUACAUAUUUUAUCCCAAAUAGUCCAGAAGUUAAAAGUGCCUAAGUCACCAGGUAAUUUUGUUUUGAACUUUGUCAGCUCUAGAACCAAAAAUACCCCAAACUGCUACUACAGGUGACAUUGAGAGCAAUGGACAGCCCUCGGCUCCAUCAGCCAGAGCCCUUUAAGUUUGGUUAUGGAAGAGUUAGCCAGUACCAAAGAGUUGGGCAGCAACCCAGAAGAAAAAAUGGCUCAUUCAAAAGGAAGAGGAUGGAAAGAUGGCACAGAGCUGUGUCUACCAACUUAGUAAAACAAAAUGCAUUGGUCCCCGAAGAGGAAUCAUCUAGUAGUAGCAACAUGGAAUUUCAUGAAAGCCAGCAAGUCAGAAAGAAAAUUGACAAAGUGAAGACUUCGGUGGAGAGGAUGUUGUCAUACAAGUACAGAUGCAAGCCCGCAAGUGUCAGUGGAGAGGGUACCACACAGAGCCUUCUUCCUACCGUUGUCAAGGAGCUUCCAUUGCCAAGAUUAUUCUCCAUACCAAGAAUGAGAAAGCUCUCACAGAAUGCAACUAUAAAACUUGAUGUUGUAGAAGCAGAGACGGAGAUAACCCAAGGAAAUACACUCCUCUGGGCCAGGAGAACUACCAAACGGUUUUCUGUGACAUCCCUUCCUUCAGUACUGCAGAAGGUAUUGAAAAAGAAAAAACACAGCAUGGAAAACAUCCUCCAAAAAUCAGAUUUAACAGUAGGAAAGCUUCAAAUGCAGGUGGAUGACCUCAUAGAAACAGUGACUGGUAAGUCCAUGAAGUUACUCGCCCAGAGACACGCUGAGCUUCAACAGUGGUUUCUAGGGGAUGAAAUUCUUCAGUCUUCUAAACAGUUCCAGAGGAUUUCCAAGAGAACCAUGAGGAAGCAUAAAUUGAAAAAUGUGAUUCAGCCUUAG